GGGUUCGGUCCGUAGACAUCGUGCCGAUGGCGAUUCUGGAAUUUGUAACAUUCAAGGCACUCUUUGCGAUCUUACUUUUCCAUCAUCUAUGAAAGAGUAGGGGAUACAGCGGACGUAGUGGUGAGAGAGCGCUCACUUCAAUCCGCCAAAAUGGUCCGCGAAGACCUGGUCAACUCAGCGGUCACCUUUCUCCAGGACCCAUCGGUCGCAAACGCGCCCAUCGAGAAGAAGCUCGCGUUUCUCGAAUCGAAAAACCUCACCAAAGAUGAGGUCGAUGUAGCCUUAGCGAGAUCAGGGAGUGGCCCUGCUCCAGCUGGUGCGGUAGCAACAGCACCUCCUACAGGAUACAAUUAUAGACAGCCGCCCCAAGGAUAUGGGUAUCCUCCGACGUGGCCACAGCAACAACCUCCCCCAGAAGUGCCUCGGCGCGACUGGCGAGAUUGGUUCAUCAUGGCGACCGUAGUAGGAGGUGUUAGCUACGGGCUCUACUUCACCGCAAAGCGAUAUCUCGUCCCAUUAAUCAAACCACCCACACCACCUCAAGUCGAGCAGGACAAAGCUGCCAUCGACGAACAGUUCGCUCGCGCAUUCGCCCUCCUCGACCAACUCGCAACUGAUACCGCCUCCCUGAAAUCCUCCGAAGAAGCCCGAACAAAUCGUCUGGACAGCGCCCUCGACAAUCUCGACUCGGUCAUCAAGGAGUUGACCGAGGCCGACCGCCGCCGCAACGAUGAUGCGCGCCGCACGGCAGAUGAGAUCCGGGGACUGCGGGAUCAGCUUCCGCGGGCAAUGGAUGCUCAGAAGGAAAGCGCCGACGGGCGACUAAGAGAACUGGGCCAGGAAUUGAAGAGCCUGAAGACCUUAAUCGGCAACCGGAUGGGAUCUGCCCAAGCUGCUCCUGGACAUCAGCGACCACUCUCGGGGGUUACCCCAGCAGUGUACGGCGUGCAAGGACCAGUUGAUGGAGCGGCGAACACCGCAUCGCCUACGAUUACCCCUGCAGUUACCCCUACAGCCACUCCUACGGCGGCAACACCGACCGCAGCGACCAACGGCUCAGCAUCCGUUACUGGAGAAGCUCAAGCCACAGGUUCAUCCAGCUCCAACGUUGCAGACCGCGCCCAGACUCAAAGCCCUUAUGGGAGGUUCGGGACCAACGGGAAGGCCGCAAUUCCCGCGUGGCAGAUGGCGGCGUCGAAGCCGUCGCCGGCGGUUAAUGGCGAGAAGAAAGAGCAGGAUACGUCGGAGAGUGGCACGGUCACCGAGGCGGCGGUGGGUGCAUGAGAAAACCGUUUGUCUAUGUAUUUUAGAACACCGUGUGCAAUUGCUGGUGUUGGGAGUUGGUUACAUGUAUGGAAUGGCACUCUGGUUGCCGCUACUGUACUCUUAUGAAAGCACUUGUAACUGAGGAUAGCGGCAAUCGGAUUUUCAUCAGUUAAAUUAUACCUACUUUUCGUCCUGCCAACCAUCACUCCAGUAACUCCCAUCCAUC